AUCACCUUCAAAUAGCCUUAAUUAGUAUUACAAAACAUCAAGAAGAGUUGCUUCUCCAAGCAGGACUGCUGGGAUGUGAAGCCAUCAGAGAAGAAAAGAGCACCUGCAAAAAAAAGCAUGCAUGAUUGCUGGAUGUAGAUUCUACUCACAAUGCUUCCUUCUGUGCCCACAACUCCUCCCACAUACUUUAUUUAAAAGGAAAGGCCACACCAGCCUCUAUCAUAUCACCCAGAUGGAAACAAUUUCCACUUCAGGUAUGCAAGGCGAGAGGUGCCAAACCAGGUAUAUGCCUCCCUUGAGUUGGGCAGACACGGCAUCCCUCUCCUGUGGCUUCAUCAGGGAGGACUAGAUUGGGUCAGACCAGGGCGACAGCUGGCAGGGGAGAUUUAUCUAGGGUAUUACUGAACACCCUGGGUAAAUAGAGAAACACAAGCUAAUUCUGGGGUUGUAAUCCUCUUCCUUUUCUCUGCUGGAGCCUGGCAUGUCAGUCACGCAGCAGGGACCUAGCUACCACUGGCCCAGGCAGCUUCUGUGCCUGGUUCUCCAGAGUAUGUAGACGGCCUGACCAUGGGUGAAGUGCAGAAGGGACUUCUCUCAGUCAUUCAAAAGCUCAAAGGCUCUGAAGAGCAGGAACUGCGAAUUGUUCUGCUUGGGCUGGACAAUGCUGGGAAGACCACUUUGCUCAAGCAACUGGCCUCGGAGGAAGUCAGCACCAUCACGCCUACACAGGGAUUCAAUAUCAAGAGUGUCCACUCUCAUGGUUUCAAGCUUAACGUUUGGGAUAUAGGGGGACAGCGGGCCAUUCGGGCCUAUUGGAAGAAGUAUCUGGGCAGCACAGAUCUGCUGAUCUAUGUUAUUGACAGUGCUGAUAAGAAACGCUUUGAGGAGACUGGGCAGGAGUUGUCUGAACUGGUAGAAGAUGAGAAUCUCAAUGGCGUUCCUUUGUUGGUAUUUGCCAACAAGCAAGAUCUAGCAACAGCAUCUCCUGCAGCAGAAAUUGCUGAAGGGCUCAAUCUACACACAUACCGAGACCGGGCAUGGCAAAUCCAAGCUUGUUCAGCACUAUCUGGUGAAGGAGUUCAGGAUGGGAUGAACUGGAUUUGCAGCCAGAUGACAAGUCGGAAAAAAUGAGAGCACUGAGUACAGAAAUGACAUUUCAUCUCUUCAGAAUCCCAUACCCACAGAUUCAGUCCUAGUGGGUACAGGAGGUUUACAGGGAUUCCAGGACAAGAGAGGAAAUUUCCUUAAUAUUUUGAGUUGUCUGAAACAUCUGACCCAAAUAGCAACCAACGGUCUCAUCCACACAUAGUCUACAUUGGGAAGCAAGGCUACAUUUUUUAAAAAACCAUCUAGGAAUUAUAACUGUGACAAAGCCGCUAUAUGAAGCCAAGAAAAUCUUAAAAGAAUUUCCAAGCUUAAAAUGAAUAUUGAGCAUAUACUGUUGAGCCUACAAACACUCCAAGAGCAUAAACUCACCUGUCAAUGUAUUAUACAAGAUUUCCAUUGAUUUCACAUGUUACUAUACAGUUGCACUGUUGUGGCUAUUCCAAAGACGCACUUUAAACUUCCAGCCUAUUCAGCUUCUCUUUUCCUUUGGCAUGGGGGCAUAUUCAUCUACUGACAGUUUCUAAGACUCAAUGGCUAUAGAAUUCCCUUCAUUCCUAACUGGAGCAGAAAAUCAGCAAGAAGUCAGCAAGCAAGAUCUUUAGGAGAAAAAUUUUCAUCCAGUGCUUGAUAUCCUGUGCUGUAGAACUGAUCCAGAAGAGUUGCUCCAGAAAAUUUUUAAAGUUCCUGAAAAUAUGGGACAUAAACAUCUCAAUGUACUUCUCUUAUGGAUGAGGGAGGAGCAUUAGGCUUCCCACCAGCCAGGACCAGGAAACAAAAGCUCCAUCCUGCCAAAGUCUUUCUACUUAUGAGGAAUGUGGGGUGGGGGUGGAGAAGCAGGGGAAGAGAUUUAAACCUCCUAAAAUUGAAUAUGCUUUUGCUGGUCAAACAGUGGCUACUACCACAGGGUCCUAUCCUGAAGCUAGCAAAGGAAAAUAAUUAGUGCACCAGCAAAGAAACUGGGCAAAGGUGUUCUUGGACAUAUCCAUUACGCAGGCAUCUAGGAACAAUGCCACAUCCAGAAGCACCCCAGACUAGUACACUUGCUCUUUUGGAUGAAAUGCAAUCCCAUCUAGAACAAUCUCAGGUUAUAUUUUCUACCGACCAAGAUGACAUCUAACUUCUCCAGACUGAAUCUCAGCUUGUUUGACCAAGGUCCAAACUUAGUUUCAAGAUAAAGAUUGCAGGCCUCAAGGUCUAAUUUUUGGACAUCCAUAUUUCUUUCCCCAUGCCCUAAUUUUUGUACCACCUGGUGUAAUAAAAAAAUUCUGGAGAACUUGCAAGCUUACACACUUUUGUAGGUUUUGAUUUGUCAUAAUAAAAGUAUUGUUCAACUAUGGAUUUUGUUUUUCUUUUGUUAAACCUCCAAACCAGAGGUGUAAAACUCAAUUUGUACU